AUAAAAUAAAAUAUAAAAUAAAAUAAAAGGAAGGAUGUUGGUGUUGAGGUUGGCAUACGUAUCAAGGACAGUAACUACCAUGGCUCCCGAAGUGUUGCCAAAACCUCAGAUGCGUGGCCUUCUGGCCAAGCGUCUGCAAUUUCAUAUGUUUGGAGCAUUCAUGGUAUACCUGGGGGUUGCAGCUUUGUAUAAGUUUGGUGUGGGUGAACCAAGAAAGAAGGCAUAUGCAGAUUUCUACAGAAAUUGAGAUUUUGAGCAGAUGAAGAAGGCUGGUAUCUUUCAGAGUUUAAAGUAAUCUUGGAAUAUAAAGAAUUUCUUGAGGUUGAAUUACCUAGAAGUUUGUCACUGACUCGUGUUCCUGAACUAUGACACAUGAAUAUGUGGGCUAAUAGUUCCUCUUGAUAAACAAU